AUGUCGACAACCAUCUCAAUGCCUCCCGGGCCAGGGACUUAUCUGCUCAUAGUCUCUCUCCCUUUACUGGUGAUUUCAGAAUUCCGGUCCACAUCCUACGUUGGAAUAUGUCUCUUCAAGAUGCUCUCCUCCGUGGCCUUCCUCAGCGGCCCCCUUCUCCAAGCAUCGACAAAUGACUCUCCCUACUGUCGUCUCAUUACCGCCGGUCUACUGUUCUCCUUAGUCGGGGACUUCUUCCUCCUCCCUUCUCGGGGCGACUUCUCCACCCGGGAUUCCACCAAAGAAAGAAAAAUUUCAGCAUCCUUCCAGCUUGGCGUCGUCGCCUUUGCAGCCGCUCACAUCGCCUAUGUUUUCGCCUUCCUUAGUGAUAGCAGAGAAACCUCCCGCGAGCUCUUGGCAACCACCUUCGUCGCCACAAUGGUGCUUGCCAAAUGGCUCGGGGUCGUAUACCCGCCGUCCCAUUCCUCGGCUACCAGCAACGUGCUUGAUCUCGCGGUUGCGCCUGAUAUGAGACCGCUUGUCUUUGUGUAUGCGCUCAUCAUCAGCUCCAUGUUUGCGGUCGCGGUUUCCACACUCCCGUCAUCGCUUUCGACUGUCUUGCCGUACCAGCGGAGUGUAGGCGCUGCCAUGUUCGUUGCGAGUGAUUUGUUCGUCGCGAAAGAUGCAUUCGGACGGUCAUCUGCUCCCGAUCAACGUGGUUGGUUCCGUAUCGCGGUUGGUUAUGGCCUUUACUUUUGGGGGCAGAUGGUGAUUGCGGGGACAGGAUCCAUUGGUUCCAACAAGUGCAAUGGCAAGGCUGCUUGCGGUCUGUACUGUGGUCCACUCCCUUGUCUGUCUACAUGA